AUCGUCUGGAUCGACAGCGGACACCGCGUCAUCUGGCAAGGCAGUGGGCACCGAGUCACCAGGCACGACAGUGGGCUCCGAGUCAACUGGCAUGACCGCGGGCACUGGGUCAGACAUUGGAUCGUCUGGCCUGACAGCGGGCAUCGGGUCACCAGGCAUGACAGCGGGCACUGGGCCAUCAGGCAUGGGAUUGUCUGGCUCGACAGCGGGCAUCGGGUCACCAGGUAUGACAGCGGGCACUGGGUCAUCAGGUUCCGGAUCAUCUGGAUCGACAGCGGGCAUCGUGUCAACUGGCCUAAUAGGAUCAUCAGGCUGGAUCAGUUCAUCAGGCUGGGUAGAAACAUCAUGCUGGGUAGAGACAUCAGGCUGAAUGGAGGCAUCAGGCUGAAUGGAGGCAUCAGGCUGAAUGGAGGCAUCAGGCUGGGUAGAGGCAUCAGGCUGGGUAGAGGCAUCAGGCUGAAUUGUGGGCGCCGAGGCACCAGGCUGCACCACGGAAGGCAGUGGGAACAGGGUCCUGACAUGCGGUAGAUAGCAGGGUAUAC